GUGUCUUCUCUUAAUAAUAUCUUGGGUUGAUGGACUCCUGUUUUCUUUGUUUUAAGGAAUUUCUCAAAAACAAAGUGAUGAUCGAGAUGGGGCUUGCCGCUUCCGGAGAAAUGGAAGUCACAGGCUGCUGCUUCCACCCGCCAGCCACGCCACCUGCAACAACGACCACUUGAAAUAAAUAAAUACUUCACCCACACGGCACACCCGCGAACAACAAACAACCCAAGAAGACAGCCCCAUGAAUAAUCGAUCAGUCUCCGGCCCCCGUCUCCCGCCCGGCUCUCGCCCCAAGGCCAUCCACAUCCAGAAGCAGAUCCCAUCCUCAUCCUUGGCCGCCAUCACCCGCCGGACACUCCUGCUCACCAUCUUCAGCGCACUCUUCAUCGGCGUCUAUCGCUGGGCGGAUGCCAUCAAGUCACGAUGGUACAUCUUCGAUCCCAGCGAGCUCCACAAGAUCACACUGGAAGCCAUCGAGCGAUACCCCAACUCGACUUCGGCCGUCAUCCACCACAUCGUCCAGAGCUUCGAGUCGCAGCCCACGCUGAAGCCCUACAUCACCGCCAACCCGUUCCCAGACCCGAGUCCGCAAGCCGUCUCGGCCUAUCCCUCGGAAUGGGUCUUCAACAAUGCGGGAGGCGCGAUGGGCGCCAUGUACAUCAUCCACGCCUCCAUCACCGAGUAUCUCAUCGUCUUUGGAACGCCCAUCGGAACCGAGGGCCAUACCGGACGCCACACCGCCGACGACUAUUUCAACAUCCUUGCCGGCCAACAGACCGCCUUCGCUGCCGGGAGCUUGGAGGCUGAAGUCUACCGCAAAGGCUCGGUCCAUCAUCUCAGAAGAGGCCAAGUCAAACAGUACAAGAUGCCCGACGGGGGCUGCUGGGCUCUCGAAUUAGCACAGGGUUGGAUCCCGCCCAUGUUGCCGUUCGGCCUAGCCGACUCGGUCUUCUCGACCGUCGACUUGAUCACCAUAUAUCAUACCAUCCGAAUCACCGCUCGGGAAAUCAUCAGGAACUUGUUGGCUGGAAAGAUUUAAGAUCUCAUAUAUAUAUAUAUAUAUGUGUGUAUUCCCUUCACUCUUUCUAUAUAUAUCUCGUUCCCCGCCCCUUUUCCAAUUUUGUCAUGGGUGGCAGCUUCUUCUGUUAUAUAUAUGCUGUUUCCUUUUUGUUGUCUCCUUGCUUAAAUAAAAAAACAAAAUCACAAUCACAAUCAGGCCUUAAUCUAGGAACCUCCCCCCCUCCUCCCCCUCCCUUCCCACUUGCUCGCUGGCUCAUAAUCACUUUAUCAUCACCC